GAUGGCGGCACCGGCUGCAGCGGGGGCGAGCGCGGCGGGGAAUCCUCCGCGGAGUGGCCGCGGCCGGGCCUCUGCUGCGGGGAAGGCCGGUUAUUGCUGGAGUAAAAAAACAAUGCUGUGGAAAGGAGCUGCCUGACCUCCCACAAUGCCCCUUUCUGACUUUGUCUUAGCACUGAAGGACAACCCAUAUUUUGGGGCUGGGUUUGGCCUUGUCGGGGUGGGCACAUUCCUGGCAGCAGCCCGUAAGGGGGCCCAGUUUGGGCUGGUGGCUUUCAGGCGCCACUAUAUGAUCACCUUGGAGGUGCCCUGCAAGGAUAAGAGCUACCAAUGGCUGCUGAACUGGGUCUCCCACCACGCCAAGCACACGCAGCACCUCAGUGUUGAGACAUCAUACCUGCAGCAUGAAAGCGGACGUGUCAGCACCAAGUUCGACUUUAUCCCCAGCCUCGGGAAUCAUUUCAUCUGGUACCGCAGGAAGUGGAUUCGCAUCGAGCGCAGCCGGGAGACGCAGAUGCUAGACCUGAACACGGGGACCCCCUGGGAGUCCGUCACCUUCACUGCACUGGGCACCGACCGGGAGAUCUUCUUCAACAUCCUUCAGGAAGCCCGGGAGCUGGCGCUGCAGCAGCAGGAGGGGAAGACCAUCAUGUACACGGCCAUGGGAGCAGAGUGGCGCCAGUUCGGCUUCCCCCGCCGCCGCCGGCCCCUCAGCUCCGUGGUGCUGGAGGAAGGUGUGUCAGAGAAGCUGGUUCAGGACGUGAAGGAGUUCAUCAACAACUCCAAGUGGUACCAUGAAAGAGGGAUCCCCUAUCGAAGAGGCUACCUGCUGUAUGGUCCUCCUGGAUGUGGGAAAAGCAGCUUCAUCACAGCCCUGGCUGGGGAACUGGAGUACAGUAUCUGCCUGCUGAGCCUCAGUGACCACAGCCUCUCUGAUGACCGGCUCAAUCACCUCCUGAGUGUAGCACCACAGCAGAGCAUCAUCCUGCUGGAGGAUGUGGACGCUGCCUUCGUCAGCCGGGAUCUUGCUGCUGAGAACCCAGCUGUGUACCAAGGCAUGGGGCGCCUGACCUUCAGCGGUCUCCUCAAUGCGCUGGAUGGUGUGGCCUCCACAGAAGCCAGGAUUGUCUUCAUGACCACCAACUACGUGGACAGGCUGGACCCAGCCCUGGUGCGUCCUGGCCGCGUGGAUGUGAAGCAGUACGUGGGCCAUUGCUCCCGCUGGCAGCUCACCCGCAUGUUCCAGCGCUUCUACCCCGAGCAGCCCGCGGCUGCAGCCCAGCGCUUCGCGGAGCAGGCGCUGGCAGUCUCCAAACAGAUCAGCGCUGCCCAGGUGCAAGGCCACUUCAUGCUUUACAAGACAGACCCUGAAGGAGCCAUUUCAAACAUAAGCUCCAGCCUGCUGUGAUCAGGGGCAGCUUUCCCUUGUGACACUGAGAUGACUGGACAAAGAUUUGACGAUCAUGCCAUGAAGCCACCCACCUGCACAGGCCAGGUCUCUGUUCACCUCUACCUCUCCUAUGCCUUGGUUUGGGAGAGUCAGAGCUGCCAGCCUCACUGCAAGGGAGGGAAUCUGGCUCUUGCUGCUCCCCAGACUUGGGUGCUACUGCAGCAGCCCUGCUCACCAGUGUGUGCCUCAUGUUGGGAUUGCUAUAAGCUACCAAGGCUCCUGGUGUGAAUCCCCUUCCUUGUGGGUCAGCCUGGAGGUGCCCCAGAAGGGCAUUUCCUUUGGGCAGAACAUUGGGGUUCUUCUACACUGCUAAAAGUGUCUGGUUUUUUUAAAGGACAGUGGUCUCACUGGUCUGUGAAUAUCCUCUGUGAAGUGCACAACACA